GCAGGGCUGGGCCGGGGGGAGCCGCCGGCUCACUCGCUGUGUGGAUCGUCCUGCUAAGGCCGGAGCUGGUGGCGCCGUCAUGAGGCCAAGCGCCCCAGCCGCCGCCGCCGCCGCAGGGGCAGUACUUUAAAUUGAUCUUGGACGUGAUUGUCACCACACUUCAUCAACGCACAUAAAUUAUUUUCUUCUCCUGUUGGAUAAUUUUUUUAUACUACAAUGCAACAAGCUUUAGAAUUAGCUUUGGAUCGUGCAGAGUAUGUGAUUGAAAGUGCCCGUCAGAGACCUCCUAAACGGAAAUAUUUAUCUAGUGGAAGGAAAUCUGUAUUCCAGAAGCUAUAUGACUUAUAUAUAGAAGAAUGUGAGAAAGAGCCUGAGAUAAAGCAGAAGCUGAGACGAAAUGUGAACUUGCUAGAGAAACUUGUUAUGCAAGAAACACUCUCCUGUCUGGUAGUCAACCUAUACCCAGGAAAUGAGGGCUAUUCUCUGAUGCUCAGGGGAAAGAAUGGUUCAGAUUCUGAAACCAUUCGCCUGCCUUAUGAAGAAGGAGAAUUGCUUGAAUACUUGGAUGCUGAAGAAUUACCGCCUAUUUUGGUUGAUCUCCUAGAAAAAUCUCAGGUUAAUAUUUUUCAUUGUGGAUGUGUCAUAGCAGAAAUACGUGACUACAGGCAGUCUGGGAAUAUGAAAUCUCCAGGUUACCAAAGUAGACAUAUUCUCUUACGUCCAACAAUGCAGACUUUAAUCUGUGAUGUUCAUUCUAUAACAAGUGAUAACCAUAAAUGGACACAAGAAGACAAACUUCUACUGGAGAGCCAGCUUAUCUUAGCCACAGCAGAACCAUUAUGUCUUGAUCCUUCUAUAGCUGUGACCUGUACUGCAAACAGAUUGCUCUAUAAUAAACAGAAGAUGAAUACUCGACCAAUGAAACGAUGUUUCAAGAGGUACUCUAGAUCUUCCCUGAAUCGGCAGCAGGAUGUGUCCCACUCCACAGCUCCUCCACAGCUAAGAUUGCUCGAUUACUUGCAGAAAAGAAAAGAAAGAAAAACAGCCCAGCAGUAUGACCUCAAAAUUUCUAAAGCAGGAAAUUGUGUGGAUAUGUGGAAACAGAAUCCCUGUUAUUUGACUACACCUUCAGAAGUUGAUGUGGAAAAGUAUGCUAAAGUGGAAAAGUCUAUCAAAUCUGAUGACUCACAGCCAACUGUCUGGCCAGCACAUGAGAUAAAAGAAGAUUAUGUGUUUGAAUGUGAAGUUGGUAAUCAGUUUCAGAAAACAAAGCUAACCAUUUUUCAAUCACUUGGUAAUCCACUUUACUAUGGGAAAAUACAGACUUACCGAAGUGAUGAAGAAACUGAGAGUCCGAUGACACCAACCCAGUUCCUUAUUGGAUCAAAGACUGACGCUGAAAGAAUAAUUAAUCAGUACCAAGAGUUGAUUCAGAAUGAAGCUAAAUGUCCAGUGAAGAUGUCCCACUCAAGUGGAUCUGGCAAUCUUAGUCAACUUUCUCCAGGGAAAGAAAUGGAAUUAUCGACCAGCCAAGAUGGCGGAGUAGAAGGAAGUAGUACAGCUGAGCUCUCUCCCACAACAACUCCACAAAGAUCUAGAAAACGCAUCAGACCAAGUCCUGAUCGGGAAAUUCAAGAAAAAAUCACACCCGAGAGCUUAUUGGUUCAGCCAUCAGUGUUGGGAAAGGGAGUAAAACAUCGGCCUCCACCCAUUAAACUUCCUUCAAGUUCAGGGAGUAGCUCUUCAGGUAAUAUUUUUAGUCCACAGCAGUCAGGCAGCCAUCAUAAGUCCCCAACUCCUCCCCCCACUUCUAAGCCACCUGGUCUUUCUCGGAAACCUUCCAUGGAUCUUAGUCAAGUUAGCAUGCUUUCUCCAGCUGCUCUGUCACCUGCCAGCUCAUCACAAAGAACCACGUCUACCCAAGUCAUGGCAAACCCUGCUGGACUUAACUUCAUCAAUGUAGUGGGCUCUGUAUGUGGAGCACAAGCAUUGAUGAGCAGUUCAAAUCCCAUGCUCGGGUGUAAUACUGGUGCCAUAACCCCUGCAGGUUUAAAUCUGAGUGGCAUUUUACCCUCAGGAGGUCUGGUACCAGGUGCAUUGCCAGCUGCAAUGCAGUCAGCCUCUCAAUCAGGUGUCCCCUUUGGUUUAAAAAAUACUUCAAGUCUCAGGCCCUUAAAUCUUCUCCAGCUUCCAGGUGGUUCACUCAUUUUCAAUCCACUCCAGCAGCAGCAGCAACAGCAACAGCAGCUCUCUCCCUUUUCUCCACAGCAACAGUCACAGCCCCCUACAACUUCUAGUCCUCAACGGCCAGAACAGAGUUCUGAACCAGGUACAGCCAGUCAAGACCAGGCCUUAUCUGCUCAACAAGCUGCUGUUAUUAACCUGACUGGAGUUGGAAGUUUUAUGCAGUCCCAGGCAGCUGGCAGAUGAUAACUGGGGACUUAAAAGUAGAAAGUAGAGUUGGUCUUAAUGUGUGAACACUUGAGAUCUGUCAGUUGAGGCCCCUUUUUAGUUUUUCAUUACAUUCAGUUGUAGUUGAUCAAUUAGAAAUGCCUGGCCCUCCACAAAUUACUAACUAUAGUUUUUCCGCAUGUUAUGUUCCAGUUACAAUUCUGCACAGUAACUAAAUUAGGGAAUUAGAAAGGUCUAUUUAAAAUGUUUAUCAGUAAUUGUGCACAUUAUCUACUUAUUCAGAAUGCAUCUUUUUCUGUAUUUUAUCUUUUCUUUUUUCCUGGCAGUUUGCAUAUCCACAGUCUAUUGGACAAAUCAAUUAACCACUCUGUGCUUUAGUUCCUCAUCUGUAAAGUAUAGAGAUUGGACUAGAAGGACCCCUAAGGUCUUUUACAUCUCUUUAUCUGUGUGAAAUAAUGCAUUAGAAACGCAAAUUGAAUUGGUAAAACUACAAUUAAGAUAGUACAUAUUGUGUAGGUCAAGUGCUGGGGGGUGGUCCUUACCUGAAACACAUUUAAAAGAUCGCCGAAUUUUAGGAAUCCCUUUACAUAUCCCAUUCCCCACCCUACUCCCACAUAAUGAAACUCCAAAUAUGUGAAAUUAGAUACCAUUUAAUAUAUGGAAGGACUAAACUCUUGGAAAUAAGCAAUUAGUAAUUGUUAUUCCUAGAUUUGAAUUGUAGUACCAGUGUGAUACCACCUACAAAAUGGUUUAGUGGAAAGAGCAGUGAAUUGCAAAUCAUGUGUUGUGGGUUCUAGUUCUGGCUCUGUCACUAACAAGCAUGUGACCUUGGAUGAAAAUUACUUAAGUUCUCUGGGCCUCGAGUUACCUACCUUGGAAAUUGAGGGGGUUGGAUUAAAUAAUUACUAAGGUUCUUUCCAGAUCAAAUUCUGUACUUUUAUCAAAUUGUAUACAUUGACCAAAUUUUGUUAAAAUAUAACGUCAGCACAAGCAAGCCUUUGUCUUGAAACACUCAUUUGGCCUCUAUAAAUUAUCUUAUUUAGGCUGUCUUCCUGCUCCUGGGGAACAUCAGAAACAUAUACUUUCAAAAUUUUAUGGAUAGCAGUUUUUGAUACUGGAAAAAUACCUUCCAAAAUAAACAGCAAGAUUUUACUCCAAACUUCAUUGAGUUCCCCUCCCACCCUAUUUUCCCCCUCCCCCCCAAAAAUCUUUAAGAAUAUACAUUAAAGUUCUAUAGGAAAACUUGUUGCAUGUCCACAAAGCUUUAUAACCUAAUUGCAUGUAUCAACUAACAAGUGACUACUUUAUUCUGAAAUAUUUGUGAUUUUAUAUCUAGGAUUAAUCAUACUGACAGCCUUUCUAUUAUCCCAUUUUCUGUGUUGCCCUUUUCUAACUCUGAUAACCUUCAAACCUUUUUGACUGGCCUGCUUUCCCCUUCUCCUUUCUGUAGUGUUGUCUCAGCUUGGCUCUGCCGAGAACAGACCUGAGCAAAGCCUUCCUCAGCAGAGAUUCCAGCUCUCCUCUGCCUUUCAACAGCA